AUGGGUUAUCCUGACGUAAUAGGUGGUGUUUCCAGAAAGGUUUGCUCGGGAAUCUACACACACUCGUGCCGUUUCUUAAGAGCAGGCUACUUUGAAAUUGGCGGCCGUAUGGCUGUGAUCUCUAGUCCGCAAUCGUUUAUUGUUUGGUCUGCAAUUCCAUACGACGAGAAAACGAUUAAUUCUUUGAACAAAACAAUGGUUGAAGGGGGAGAUCUUAAAACUGAUGAGUCUUUUGUUCAGAAGGUGUCGCAUUUAAUUAUCCCAGACGGCGAACAUACGAUGGCUGUUCAAAGCUGGAAAGCCAAGUUCCCUAACAUCAGAAUCGUGGGAUUUGAAGGCCUCAAGCCAGAGAUUGCCAAAGUGACCGAUAUUGUGAUUCCAGAAAGCGCAGCCUGGAAGAUUCUAAGCACCGACGAUUUGAGUUCGUUUGGUUUCGACGAGACAAAAGAUGUGGCACUCGCAGAUGCCAGAUUGCAAUUUAUGUUCUGGCCUAAAGUGUCAAACAAGGAACUCCUUGUGUUCAGCGAACCUCAAAAAGCAGUCUUUGCCGCUGAUGUGAUUUUUAAUCUCCAACAUAACAACAGAAGAAUCCCAGAGUCGGAUCUUUAUAACGAACAAUUUGAGGGCAAGGAGCCAUUCCAUCUAUUACAAAGACUCUUCUUCAAGAAUGCUUUCAGCUUUGGAACGGGUUUCAACAAAUUCCUUGCUAAACGAAUGGUUGCUGACCCUGUUAGCUUUUCUCCUGCUUUCAAAGAGCUGCUCGCCAAAUGGGAUCCGACCAAAAUAAUUCUUUGUCACGGUGAUGUGAUUGAGCGUGACGGAUCAGCCGUUUUUAGGAAAGCCUUUGGUCACGUUGUCAGAGAUUAG